GUUCUGCUGCCUGUCAUUGUUUGUGGAAGGAAUUUAUCCAUCUUUGGAAGCCCAACAGACAGGGAAAGAUGUGGGGAGACCCCCGGCCGGCCAACAGAAUGGGCCCUUUUCGUGGGAGCCAAGAAGAAAGGUUUGCUCCUGGGUGGAACAGGGAAUACCCUCCUUCCCUUGAUAAUCUUGCUCAAGAAAGACACUCUGGCAACUUCUCUGGCAGAGAAUCGCUUCCUUUUGAUAUCUCAGGCCUCCUCAACCCUCAGUUUGCCAACAGAGAGGAAGCGUCUUUCACCUAUGGAGCUAGAGACGGACCACGGAGUGAUUUCAGAGGUGGGGAGGGUCAUCAUGAUUUCAGGGGCAGAGACUUCCCGCCUUCUGACUUUCAGAACAGAGAUGAUUCACAGUUGGACUUCAGGGGCCGGGAACCCCCCUCCUCAGAGUUUAGGGGCCGGGAGAUGUACUCUGGAGAUUUCCAAGAUCGGGAGGGACCGUCUAUGGACUUCCGGGGUGGGGAUGCGCCUUCGAUGGAUUAUAGAAAUAGGGAGGCAAAUCGUAUCGGCUACCGGGACAGGGAAGCGCAUACCAUGGAUUAUAGAGGCAGAGAGGACCCCCCACCAGAUUUCAGGAGUAGGGGCUCAUUUGAUCUAGACUUUAGAGGCAGAGAGGGAGCCCAUUCAGACUUCAGGCCGAGGGACGUGCCCGAGUCACACUAUAGGGGCAGGGAGCAUUCCUAUUCGGAUUUUAGAAACAGGGAUGUACCUGAUUUGGACUUCAGGGGCAUGAAUACCUCUGAUCUGGACUUUAGGAACAGGCAAACUCCACCUUCCGAUUUCAGAAAUCGACACAAGCCUCGCUCCGAUCAGGAUUUUAGGGGCAGAGACAUGGCUGCUUCUGUGGACUUCACAGACAGGGAGAUGCCCCCUGUGGAUCAGAAUCUUGUAGAUUUCAGGCGCACUCAGUCUACUGCUCCUUCAGCAGACAGCGAGCGACCUGCCUUAAGCACCACGAGAGAAGAGUCUGCACUAGACAGAUCUCCCUUUGGCGUCCAGAAAGGAGAGUUUCAGCAUUCAGAGCCGAGAGCCAGAGAAGGAGAGUCCCUUGGAGUGGGUCUUGAAAUGAAGUCUUCGCUAGAUUUCCAGAAUAGCCGUGGGCCUCUUCAAGACCGAGAUGAGCCGCCGCAGAGCUUUGCAAACCAGCAGCAGCUUUCUGGCACUGAACAUCAAAGAUCAGAUCCUAGUCUUAUGUUAAAGGGGGAAGGUGGCCUGGAUUUCCUCGGCAGACAAGAUACUGAUUACAGAAGCAUUGAGUACAGAGAUGUAGAUCACCGGCUACCGGGCGGUCGGCUGUUUGAUUAUGAGCACGGCAAAUCCUUCACAGAAGGAAAACCCAGCAGAGAACCUAGGCAGGAUCUUCAGGACCAAGAUUACAGGACCUGCCCCAAAGAUGUGAAACCCAGCAAGCUCAUUCGGCUAGGAGGAGUGCCGGAAACUGCCACAAAAGAUGAUAUUCUCAACGCUUUCCGAGGGCCCGAUGGGACACCUGUGAAAGACUUGCGCCUAAAAGAUUAUAGCUCAGGUUACGACUAUGGCUAUGUCUGCGUGGAGUUUGCACUCUUGGAAGAGGCCAUCGGAUGCAUGGAAGCCAACCAGGGAACCCUUGUGAUUGGUGGCAAAGACGUGACCCUUGAGUACACGCCGUGCCCGGAGUUCUGGCGCUGCAAGCGGUGUAAAGUGUGCACGGUGGGGUACAGAUCCUCCUGCUCCUACUGCAAGCUCCCGAGAGGGUGCAGAGGUCUGGCCCGUAGUCAAGGUCUUUGGCACCAGCCUGGCUCCAUCUCCAAGUGCAGCCGGGCCGGAGACCUCCUGGAACAUGCUGCCAGCCCUACCAGCAGCCUUUGA